CUUUUUUCUUUUCAAUAAAAAGAAAAAAAUGAUUAUUGGUUAUAUCCAUUUUAAAAAUAAUACUAAUAUAUAGCUUUCCCAAGGACGGCAAAUUGAACAUUAUUUGCAUUUUUCAAAGAUGUCAUGAAUUGCCACCAAACAAGCUUGUGGCAACUUAGCAAUCAACAUCAUAUGACACCACCAAGAACAAUGAAAGACUCUCUAUGAUUCAUAGUGGAGAUACCAAUAAAGAACAUUGGAAUAUUGGAACACUAUGCAUGCAUGUCGUCACCUUUCUGAAACUAUUAACAUUGGCCUGCAGUACUUGGACGGCAUAUAUAUACAAGUAAAAUUCAAAUACUUGGUAUUGAGCAUAGUGUUCAAUGUUUGUGUAGUGACAUUGGAAACAUUUCAUUGAUCAAAUUCACAAUGAUGACAAUAAUGGGGGUCAUCAAUUUGGUUAUCUUCUUGAUCGUUUCAUUGUUUGUAGUAUCAAUUGUGGUGUUGAUGUAUGUUACACGUUCUCCUAAGGAAAUGAAAGGCAUCCCAGGAAACCUUGGAUGGCCAAUUUUGGGUGAGACUCUCUCAUUCAUCUCUGACUUUUCAAGUCCAUCUGGUAUCUUUAGCUUCAUGCACAACAGACAACAAAGAUAUGGAAAGGUAUUCAAGAGCUUUGUACUGGGGAGGUUCACAGUGUUCAUGACAGGGAGAGAAGCAAGCAAGAUAUUACUAACUGGCAAGGAUGGGAUCGUGAGCUUGAACUUGUUCUACACUGGCCAACAAGUUCUUGGCCCCACUAGCUUGUUGCAAACCAAUGGAGAACCACACAAAAGGCUAAGGAGGCUUAUUGCUGAACCUUUGUCAAUUGAUGGCCUUAAAAAAUAUUUCCAUUUCAUCAAUACUCAAGCAAUGCAAACCUUGGAUCAUUGGCAAGGAAGAAAAGUCCUUGUUCUUGAAGAAGCUUCCACAUUUACUCUGAAAGUGAUUGGACAUAUGAUCAUGAGCUUAGAGCCAACAAGUGAGGAGCAAGAGAAGUUUCGGUCGAAUUUCAAGAUUAUCUCUUCUUCAUUUUCCUCCAUGCCUAUCAAGCUUCCAGGAACUGCUUUCCAUCGCGGUAUCAAGGCUCGAGAUAGGAUGUAUGAGAUGUUGGAUUCUAUAAUUGCGAGGCGAAGAAGUGGCCAGGAGUUUCAGCAAGAUUUCUUGGAGUCCUUGAUCAUGAAGCAUAGCAAAGGAGGAGCAGAAGGAGAAGAUGAUGAGAACAAACUCACUGACAAACAGUUGAAGGACAAUGUACUAACAUUGUUGGUUGCAGGACAUGAUACCACAACUGCUGCUCUAACAUGGCUCAUCAAAUUUCUUGAAGAAAAUCCUCAUGUCCUUGAACAACUCAGGGAGGAACAUAGAGGAAUCAUUGCAAAUAGAAAGAGUGGAACAGAUCUUACAUGGUCUGAAGUUAAUAACAUGCCUUACACAGCCAAAGUGAUCAGCGAAACCCUUCGACGAGCAACAAUAUUGCCUUGGUAUUCAAGAAAAGCAUCCCAGGAUUUUGAAGUUGAUGGAUAUAAAAUUAAGAAAGGUUGGUCAGUUAAUCUUGAUGUUGUUUCUAUACACCAUGACCCUGAAGUGUUUCCAGAUCCUCAAAACUUUGACCCCUCAAGAUUUGAUGAUCCCUUAAGGCCUUUCAGCUUUCUUGGAUUUGGUAGUGGACCACGUAUGUGUCCUGGAAUGAACCUUGCCAAGAUUGAAAUCUGUGUCUUCAUCCACCACCUUGUUACCAGAUACAAGUGGAAGCCUCUAGAUAGAGAUAAUUCAGUUCAACCAACACUUGUGAGGAUGCCAAAGAACAAGUAUCCUGUGUUGGUGGAGCCACUGUAAAAAACUAUUCCUCUUAGUAUCCAGAAAGCAAACGAUUGAAGCUUACACAGCAAAGGAAAAUCAGGAACAACUAGAGUUGUCUAUGGAGCAAGAUAACCAAUCACAAGAUUCAACUAUUCUCUAAGGAUUAGUGCAUUCUCUUUCAUUCUUUAUCAGUUUCAAAGAAAUGGACCAAUCCUUAGAGAAAUAGCUGCAUUGUGUAUAUAAUUAUAUUUAGCAGUAUGUAACAGAUGAUAGCUAAUAAAGAAAGUAACAAUAAAAUAGUGCACUUCAACUUA